GGGAUUUAGUGCUGGCGGCCAGGGUGGUUCCGCCGCCGCAGCUUCCGCCUUCGCCAGAGCUGGAUGCAUGGACCUCCGGGAUGCCUUCUCCAGACAUGGUCCCUGAGGCGAGUUCACUGUGGCUGCUGAGACUGCUCCGGGACAUCCAGCUGGCCCAGUUCUACCGACCCAUCCUUGAGGAGCUUAAUGUGACCCGGCCGGAGCACUUUGACUUUGUCAGGCCCGAGGACCUGGAUGGCAUUGGAAUGGGCCGGCCUGCCCAGCGCAGACUCGCCGAGGCUCUGAAGAAGCACCGUUCGGGGGUCAAGUCAAAGAACUGGGUCUACAAGAUCCUUGGGGGCUUGGCACCUGAGCAGAAAGAGACCACCUCAGCUCCCGACAGCCCCCUGUCCCUCCCUGAGCCCGAGGGGGGACUCAAGUGUCUGAUCCCAGAUGGUGCCGUGUGCAGAGGGGAGCUGCUGGGCUCUGGCUGCUUUGGCGUGGUGCACCGAGGGCUGUGGACGCUGCCCAGUGGCCAGAGUGUCCCAGUGGCUGUCAAGUCCCUCCGGGUGGGUCCUGAAGGCCCCGUGGGCACAGAGCUGGGGGACUUCCUUCGAGAGGUGUCCGUCAUGAUGAACUUGGAGCACCCGCACGUGCUGCGUCUGCACGGCCUCGUACUGGGCCAGCCUCUGCAGAUGGUGAUGGAGCUGGCGCCGCUGGGCUCCCUGCACGCACGCCUGACCGCGCCGGCCCCGACACCCCCGCUGCCCGUGGCCCUGCUGUGCCUCUUCCUGCGGCAGCUGGCAGGGGCCAUGGCGUACCUGGGGGCCCGCGGGCUGGUGCACCGAGACCUCGCCACACGCAACCUGCUGCUGGCUUCCCCGCGCACGGUCAAGGUGGCGGACUUCGGGCUGGUGCGGCCGCUUCGCGGCGCCCGGGGCCGCUACAUCAUGGGCGGGCCCCGCCCCAUCCCCUACGCCUGGUGCGCGCCGGAGAGCCUGCGCCAGGGGGCCUUCUCUUCUGCGUCAGACGUGUGGAUGUUUGGGGUGACGUUGUGGGAGAUGUUCUCCGGGGGCAAGGAGCCCUGGGUCGGGGUCCCGCCGUACCUCAUCCUGCAGCGGCUGGAGCAGGACCGGGCCCGGCUGCCUCGGCCUUCCCUCUGCUCCAGGGCGCUCUACGCCCUCGCCUUGCGCUGCUGGGCCCCCCACCCCGCCGACCGGCCUAGCUUUUCUUACCUGGAGGGGCUGCUCCAAGAGGCCUGGCCUCCUGAGGGACGUUGUGUCCAGGAUGUCAUGGAGCCAGGUGCCCUAAGGAUGCAGACUGGUGACCCCAUCACCAUCAUCGAUGGCAGCCCCGACUCCACAACCUGGAAGGGCCAGAACGGCCGGACACUCAAAGUGGGCAGCUUCCCGGCUUCAGCGGUGACGCUGGCAGAUGGGGGGGGGGCCCCAGCCACCCAUCCGGUCCAGAGGGUCUCCCCUGCCCAGGGAGAGCGACAGCAGGGAAGCGGAGAUGGGGACAGAGGGAAGGCAAAGCUUCGGGAUUUACCUCCUGCACGGGCCCAGAGAAGGAACAGGAAUGUGCCCUUGCAGAGGAUGAAAGUCAUUUCCAAGAGUCUGGAGUCUGUUCUGUCCCUGGGUCCCCGCCCCACAGGGGGUGGUUCGAGCCCCCCCGAACUUCGUCAUGCCAGAGCUGUGCCCCAGGGACCCCCAGGCCUGCCAUCCCGGACCCCCUUUGCCCCCAGCCCUUCUCAGCCCAGCCAGCCCCUCAGGGAGCGGCCUCCUUGGCCCAAAAGGGAACCCCCCCACAGCCAGCCCUCGGGAGCGCCUGCCACUGGCAAAGCCACCGUCCCCUCUGGAAGCCUCUUGCCCGACUCUGAGCUGCAGAAGAGGGUCACGGAGGUGGGGCUGAGCGUGCACGGAGUCACCCACCAGGAGUGCCAGGCGGCACUGAGGGCCACUGGGGGAGACGUGGUUUCUGCCAUCCGGAACCUCAAGGUGGACCAGCUCUACCAUCUGAGCAGCCGGUCCAGAGCCGACUGCCGACGCAUCCUGGAGCAUUACCAGUGGGAUCUCUCCGCGGCCAGUCGCUAUGUCCUGGCUCGGCCCUGA